AUGUCGACCAUACUACCCUUUUCGCGUCGUUCCGGUGCUCCUGCUAGACCGCGUGUCGCCCCUAAACUACUAUCUCCUUUCCUCGUCGCGUCGCUUAUCGCCCUCGUCGCAAGCUUCCACCUGUCGUCAGUUCGCGCCGCGGCAUUCCGAGCCACAGACGCGUACAGCCCCGCGUGUGGAGCGCUUAUGACCGAGCCGCCUGCCGGCGGCUUUAAACGCUGGAGCGACUGGAGAACGUGGGGAAGUAAAGCACGCAUCUUAGGAGUGCCGGGUCGCGGGCUGCAGCGAUGGGCUGACGUCACGAUUCCGUGCGGCGUGGCCGUGCUCCUGGAUGUAUCCGAUAUAAGCGUGCGACGACUGCGCGUCAAGGGGUGGCUUAAAGUUCUCGACUCGCCGAAGCUCCCUAAGAUUCACGUGCGCGCGAAUUACAUCAUGGUCUUCGGGCGCCUGACGGCGGGAGAGCCGGACAAGCACUUCGCGGGCCGCGUCACGUUCACGAUGUUCCAGAACUUUCUGGGCGGCCGCAAGCCGUACCAGCUUAAAUACCAGAGCCCCGCGGAUAAGGGCAAUCCGCGCGACUUGGGCCACAAGACGUUCGCCGUGGUGGGCGGGCAAGUGGCUCUCUACGGCAUGCCGGGCGGCGGCGACACACCGUCGUGGGUGCGCCUCACCGAAACGGCUAACGCGGGCGCGCGGGCAAUCUACGUGGACACGGACGUGACGCGCUGGGCGCCAGGGAUGACGAUUGCCCUCGCGUCCACGUCAGCGGAUCUCAACGACGCGGAGCACCACGUCAUCGCGUCCGUGGCGGUCGUCACGCCCGCGUCAGCACCCGGGAAGAGCGACGGGCGGUAUAGGAUCAAUCUAAAGACGCCGCUGAAGAAUCAACACGACGGUGUGGAGAUCUCAGAUGGGGUGGGAGGGACGGUGGGGAUUUACGGAGAGGUCGCGCUGUUGGAUCGGCACAUCGUGAUUACUGGCAGCAACGAGGCCCCGCCGCAUCAGUACGACGGUGGCAACUUCAUGAUAUAUAUGACGCCCACAGCCCAAGAAAUCGUGGGCGUGCAAUUCCGUGCCCUGGGGAAGCAGGGCACGUUGGGUAAAUACCCCCUGCAUUUCCACGUUUGCGGGCAACAGGGCCAGAACCACGUGGUGCGGAAAAACGCGAUCGUUUUUACGAAGCAGCGAUGCAUGGUGAUUCACGCGACGGGUAACAUGACAAUAGAGGAGAACGUUUCGUACGAAACCAAGGGCCACUGCUACUUGCUAGAGGAGGGGUCGGAGAUGCGAAAUGUGUUUCGGCGAAACCUUGGGAUCAACGCGAGGAAAGUAACCCAAGUCAUCCCGCCGGCAACUUCCAGCCGGUUGGAUUUCCAGACCGACAAGCAGCCGACGAUUUUCUGGCUCGCGACGCCCUUCAGCAGCUUCAUUGACAAUGUCGCUGCUGGUUCUGAAGAUUCUGGGUUCUGGCUAGAGGCCAACCCAUACAUGCGAGGUUUGUCGAGGCUGCUGCCGCAGAUCGGGUCAACAGUGCCAUUCUAUUACAACUGGGGCACGUGGGACGGCAACCACGCUCAUUCCAACCUCUUUGGAUUCCGCACCUACCCGCAUGGCUCAAGGCCUAGAUACCCGUCAACCACCCAGAAUCCCCGCGUCUCGCUUAAGAACUUCCUCAUUUACCGCAACAAGGCAGGAAUCUUCUUUUUCAACAGCGAGCGGCUGAUAGUGGAGAACGGGGUGUUUCUGGACAAUGGCAUCGGCAUCGACUUGAGCCGCAAUGCCGGUGUGCAAGCCAAGGGCUGCCGCUUCAUCGGCCGAACCUCCUCUGCCUGCCCGGCCUCCUCCUCAAAAGGCGUAACGACUCUUGCUGAUACACCAAACCCUGACGUCCCAGCGGGCCCCACCACUCUGUGGAAGCCCUUCACCCUGCAAGCCUCUCUAGGCCCCCUAGACCCCUACUUUGAUCCAUCGGCCAGCAACGGCAGCGGCGGCAACAAUAAAAGCUACUCAUCUCCGGCUUAUACCAAUAAGAGGGAUCCUUAUAACAAGGCGUUUCAGGAUACGGGGGGGGCGGCGGAUCCUGGGGCAGUAGAUGGGAGUGUUGACCCGAUGGUGGCGCUGAAUGAGAAGGUGGGGACGUUUGAGGCCCCGGUGGGAAUCACGCUGAGUCAGAGCAACCCGGGAGACAACCUGUACCCGAAUGGCAUACAAGACACCUCAUUCCACCGCUUCGGAACCUGCAGCAGCAGCAGCUUUGGGAUCGCUCUUGUAGCCAAUAAGGCAGGCGGAUACUGGAACACUGCCAUGUUCGUUAAGGGUCUCUCGUUUGGGUCAGGGACUAAGAAGUUCUGGGCUACACCCAAUCCAUCCUCCGGCCCGAUCCCCCGAGGAGGCCUGCUGGCACGCUUCUACGCCAUUCGGGAUCUCGACGGGUCGCUCCUCGGCCAAUCAGGCUACGCCGUUGCCAACUACGACCCGAUCCUGCCACCCGCCUCCGUCCGAGCGGCAAACUGCGACUUCAAGAGCGCCUUUUCGGCCUAUGCAUGCACCUCCGUCUGCUACCGGUCGGUCGGGCUUCAAUAUGACGAAUCCGGAGUUGGAUCGGCGGGAACAACAGCUAGCGCAAGUGCAGUCAGCCGGCCGUAUUCCUACUUGAAAAUCAUCCGAACAGACGACGGUUCCGUUUUUUACGCGUAUGGAACGGAGAAUGAUGACCCGAAUGCCGGUCCCGCGGGUCCGGGCAAGAAAACUCGGUUCUUAACCGCAUCGCUUUUAGCCGGGUACACUUACAGGAUAGAGGUGGUCCCGUCAGAGACUAACAGUAACUUUUACCCGAGUAAAAUGCAGCUGAAUGUGUUCGAUUGGCAGGGGUGUACCGGCGCGGUUACCCUAAUCAUCGACACACCAAAUUCGAGUAGCAAAUGGACAGCGAACGUGCCUACAGUGCCGUGCUCUUCUGUGGAUGCGACGAGGGUUUAUAAGGAGUAUGCGUGCGGGGGAGGGAAGGCGAGACUGCAGCUGGAUAUUGGGGCGAGCAGCACUGGCAGGGGGCUUGCUGUGUUGGAUCUGGAUAACAACACCAGCACUGCCUGCUCCGCAGACUCAGGCUGCUCUGUUGCCACGGCGUCUCUGCCGCCCCUGUCAGUCUCCCCACUGGGCGGCAUCGAAUCGUCCUUCUCCGCCGCGGAUCCAUUUUUCGAUCCAAGCUUCUACGCCCCCAGCAUAGGCAGCAGCGGCAGCAGCAGUAGUGGAAACUCCGGCACCGUCAGUGAUGGUAGCAGCAGAUUCCAGUCGUAUAUUCCCAGCAGCAGGGGUGCUAAUAACGAGGACGGAAACGAUGAUGACUACAGUGAUCACGAAUUCACUGCACGCAAUUCUGUAAGCACCAGUGCAAGCAGUGGUAUUGCGGGGGCUCCCCCACCCCCUCCUGUGCCAGCAGCAGCAGGGAAAACCGGAACAGCAGCAGCAGAACAAGGAGGACCAGCAGCAGCACAGGCAGCAGGAGUGAGAGAGCCAGCAAGAGCGCUGCUUGGAAGACUUCUUUUGAGGAAGGUUGCUCCAGCCCCUUCCUCCCCACCUUCCCGUCGGUACUAG